GCAUCCAGCAGGCCAUUGUUCACUCCCCACGCAACCAAUUACGCCUUCAAUUGAGAAAAGAGGAAUAGUGCACAUAUAUCUUUUGUCUCUCGCAAACAACAUGGCCAACAAGGAAAAGGUUCUUCUUGCCUACUCUGGUGGUUUGGACACCAGCUGCAUCCUCGCCUGGCUCAUCGAGCAGGGCCAUGAGGUCGUCUGCUUCCUCGCCGACGUAGGCCAGGCUGAGGAUUUCAAGGAAGCUGAGCGCAAGGCCCUUGCGGUCGGCGCGAAGAAGCUCGUUGUCGAGGACCUGAAGCGUGAGUUCGUCGAGGAUCUCUGCUUCCGUGCCAUCCAGUGCAAUGCUAUCUGGGAGGACAGAUAUCUCCUUGGAACUAGCCUUGCCCGUCCCGUUAUUGCUAGAGCUAUGAUGCGUGUUGCUAAGCAAGAAGGCUGCACGGCCGUCAGCCACGGCUGCACCGGCAAAGGAAACGAUCAAGUCAGAUUUGAACUCGCAUUCUACGCCAUCCAGCCAUCUAUCAACGUCAUCGCCCCAUGGCGUCUUCCUGAAUUCUAUGAACGUUUCGCUGGUCGUAAUGACCUCCUCGACUACGCUGCCAAGCACAAUAUCCCCGUCACAUCUACAAAGGCAAAGCCAUGGUCCAUGGAUGAGAACCUCGCCCAUUGCUCCUAUGAAGCCGGCAUCCUGGAAGAAGCCGACGUCUCUCCACCAGAUGACAUGUGGAAGCUGACUGACGAUCCCCGAACCGCCCCCAACACACCCGAAGAUGUCACCAUCUUCUUCGAGAAGGGUCUGCCUGUUGGCGUCGUUCUGGGAUCCGACCCUAAGGCAGGAAACAAGAUCACCGACUCCUUGGAGCUAUUCACCACUCUCAAUGAACUUGGCCGUAAACAUGGAAUCGGUCGUAUCGAUAUUGUGGAAAACCGUUACAUUGGUCUUAAAUCUCGCGGAUGCUAUGACUCCCCUGCUAUGAGCAUUCUCCGCCUUGCACAUCUUGACCUUGAAGGCCUCGUCCUUGACCGCGAAGUUCGCCUUCUCCGUGAUCAAUUCGUCACUAUUACCUGGUCUAAGCUUCUCUACAAUGGUCUCUACUUCUCCCCCGAACGUAAAUUCAUCGAGAAGAGCGUUAUUGCCAGCCAGGACGACGUCAACGGCCAGGUCAGACUUCGCUGCUACAAGGGCUCCGUGAGCGUCUUGGGACGAAGCUCCGACACAAGCAAGCUCUACAGCCCAGAGCAGAGCAGCAUGGACAGUCUCGAGGACUUCCAACCCACAGACACCACCGGCUUUAUCGCUACCCAGGCCAUCCGCCUGAAGGCAUACGGCGAGGCUGAAGCCGCUGCCGGUAUUGAUCUCAGCGAAUCUUAAAAGACAGAAUAAGAAAGUGUUUUGGUUUCGGAUGUUUUUGGAAAAUAUCAAAGGAAAAAGUCUCGGACUGCAUGAUUUGGAGUUCUAGCAGGACUGGCUUUCGGUUACUACAGAAAUACAAAGUUUAUCUUUAUUGGAGGCUCCUUGUGAACAAGUCUUUGAUUUUGUUUUCCCAGUA